UGGAGUCAACGGCUGUGUUGAAAGACUGAAGGGACUUUUUUUUUUUUGUUAUCAAGGAAUUCUUCUCUCCAAAACAAUUUCCAACAACAUGACCUCUAAUUCCAAUUUAUCCAACAUGCGACGGCUGGUAGAACAACUGAAGCUUGAGGCCAGCGUGGAGCGCAUCAAGGUGUCUCAGGCAGCUGCAGAGCUCCAGCAGUACUGUCUGCAGAACGCAGGCAAAGACGCCCUUCUGGUCGGAGUCCCCACAGGCAGCAACCCCUUCAGAGAACCACGCUCCUGUGCUGUAGUGUGAAGAGGAAGAAGAGGUGGACACAUGUGGCAUCUUACCCACAGAAGAAAAGAAUGUUUUGUUUUUUUAGACAUUUUUAUAUGAUUUUAAUGUGAUGUUUUUGAAAAAAAAACAUUCAAA